AUGGCUCCCUUCGAAUCUCUGUACGGACGGAAGUGUCGCACACCACUUUGCUGGUUUCCAGAAGGAGAGAACGUAUUGACUGGAGCUGAGCUCAUUCAGCAAACGACUGAAAAGGUGAAAUUAAUUCAAGAGAGGUUGAAGACGUCAAGGAGCAGACAUAAGUCCUAUGCUGACAAGAGAAGAAGGCCGUUAGAAUUCAAAGCUGGAGAUCACGUAUUCCUUAGGCUGAAUCCAACCACUGGAGUAGGCAGAGCUAUUCGACCCAAGAAACUAUCUCCCAAGUUCAUUGGGCCUUAUCAAAUACUAAGGAAGAUUGGACCAGUGGCUUAUGAGCUAUCCUUGCCUCCCCAACUAUCCAACCUUCAUCCGGUGUUCCAUGUUUCCCAACUCCGGAAGUACAUAUCAGAUCCCUCGCACAUACUAGAGCUAGAGGACGUCCGUCUUCGUCAAGACCGAACGUUAGAGAUGAAGCCAGUCCGCAUUGAAGACAUCCGCACCAAGUACUACAAAAGGAAAGCGAUCAAAUUGGUGAAAGUGGUGUGGGACGAUAAGACGGGUGACUCUACAUGGGAAGUGGAGGAUGCCAUGAAGGACUUGUACCCUCACUUAUUUCCGGGUAAGUCUUAA